AAAACUCAAAAAAGAAAGAAAAAGAAAGCGCAACAUCUCAAGGAAAUACCAAAGUGGCUGCUAAUCCGUUGAUACGACGUGCUGCAAAAACAGUUGGUUAUCAAGCCUCAUAAGCCUUCCCUCGCGUGAACACACGGCGACGCCCCCUUCACUUAGCAUAGAUAGCUAACGCUUAUUACCAGAUAUCAGUCGCGUAGUAACGUUACUAGCUAGUUAGCUUGUGGAGAUUUCAAAAGCCGAGGGGGCAGGAUGCAAGAGGAUUAUUUGUGAGAAACGACCCCUAUCCACGUGAUUCUGCCAGCCCCGCCCAUGCCAGGAGUCGGGACAUCAUCUGCAUGAAAACAAGCGCUCCCAACAACGCAGCGUUAUACCACAUGAUGCAGAGCGACAGCCAGUCGGCAGUUUGGAAAGCAGCGAGACAGGGGUGCCAUGUCUUUGGUUUUUCCACGACCCAACACCAACACAGUCCACGGCAAGAAGGAUAAGAGACUGAUGGCGGAAGUGAAUGCAUCGCCGCUCAAGCAUUUUGUCACAGCAAAGAAGAAGAUCAACGGGAUCUUUGAACAGUUGGGGGCCUACAUUAAGGAGAGCACUUCAUUUCUGGAUGAUACUUACAAAAAUGAAGAGCUGGACCCAGUCACCACAGAGGAACAGGUUCAGGAGGUCCGGGGUUGCCUCGCCAAGGUGGCAGGGAUUGGAGAAGUGCUCGCCCGCAGGCAUAUGAAGGUGGUCUUCUUCGGGAGGACUAGUAAUGGGAAGAGCUCAGUGAUCAACGCCAUGCUGUGUGACAAGGUGCUGCCUUCUGGAAUAGGACACACCACCAACUGCUUCCUGAGAGUGGAGGGCACAGAUGGCAAUGAGGCCUUCCUCCUCACUGAAGGCUCUGAGGAGAGGAAGAACAUAAAGACAGUGAACCAGCUGGCCCAUGCUCUCCACCAGGACGAGGACUUGGAUGCUGGCAGCUUGGUCUGUGUCAUGUGGCCUAAAGCCAAGUGUGCUCUGCUCAGGGACGACCUGGUGUUGGUGGACAGCCCAGGUAUUGAUGUUACCACAGAACUGGACAGCUGGAUCGACAAGUUCUGCCUGGAUGCUGAUGUAUUUGUUUUGGUGGCAAACUCUGAGUCUACACUGAUGCAGACGGAGAAGUCCUUCUUUCACAAAGUCAAUGAGCGGCUCUCCAGUCCCAAUAUUUUCAUCCUCAACAACCGCUGGGACGCAUCAGCCUCAGAACCUGAAUACAUGGAAGAGGUCCGCAUGCAGCAUAUGGACCGCUGCACCAACUUCCUGGUGGAUGAGCUAGGUGUGGUGGACCGAGCCCAGGCCAGUGACCGCAUCUUCUUCGUCUCUGCCAAGGAAGUACUUCAAGCUCGUGUACAGAAGGCCCAAGGAAUGCCUGAAGCAGGUGGAGCUCUUGCAGAGGGAUUUCAAGCCAGAAUGUUUGAGUUCCAGAACUUUGAGAGGCGAUUUGAGGAGUGUAUCUCACAGUCAGCAGUGAAGACCAAGUUUGAGCAGCACACUGUGAGAGCCAAACAGAUCUCUGAAGCCCUGCGCUGCAUUAUGGAUUCUGUACACAUUGCUGCACAAGACCAGAGGAUCUACUGCCUUGAGACCAAAGAGGACCGUCAGGACCGAUUGGAGUUUAUAGACAAGCAGUUGGACUUGUUGACUAUGGACUGUAAGGCUAAGAUCAAGAAGAUUACUGAGGAGGUGGAGAGACAGGUGUCUAAUGCCAUGUCAGAAGAGAUCAGGAAGCUCCACGUGCUGGUGGAUGACUUCCACAUGGACUUCCACCCAUCACCAGUGGUGCUCAAGGUCUACAAGAAUGAGCUCCACCGGCACAUAGAGGAGGGUCUGGGCAAGAACAUGUCAGAGAGGUGCUCCACCUCCAUCACCAGUGCCCUUCAGGCCACACAGAGCGACAUGAUCGAGGGCCUGAAGCCUCUGCUGCCCAACCUGGUCAGAGAGCAAGUAGACAAGCUGGUUCCUCGUCAGUGUUUCAGUCUCAGUUAUGACCUCGCCUGUGACAAGCUUUGCAGUGACUUUCAGGAGGACAUCAGCUUCCACUUCUCUCUGGGCUGGACCAUGCUGGUCAACCGCUUCCUGGGGCCCAAGAACACCCGGCGGGCCCUCAUGGGCUACAACGACCAGGUCCCCAGGCCUAUGGCCCUGACUCCAGUCAGCACCAGCAUGCCUCCAUUUCCACAAAGCUCCAUGACCCAGGAGGAGCUGAUGGUCUCCAUGGUGACUGGUCUUGCCUCCCUUACCUCCCGUACUUCCAUGGGUGUCCUUGUGGUUGGCGGCGUGAUCUGGAAGGCAGUGGGUUGGCGUCUGAUCGCCCUGUCAGUGGGUCUGUACGGACUCCUCUAUAUCUAUGAGCGGCUCACAUGGACCACCAAGGCCAAGGAGAGAGCCUUUAAGAGACAGUUUGUGGACUACGCCAGCGAGAAGCUGCAGCUUAUCGUCAGCUACACCGGAUCCAACUGCAGCCACCAAGUCCAGCAGGAGUUGGCAGGUGUGUUUUCUCAGCUUUGCCAGCAGGUAGACGUCACCCGUCAGAACCUUGAGGAUGAGAUCACUGACAUGAACGUCAAGAUUGAGCUGCUGGACAGCUUGCAGAGCAAGGCUAAGCUGCUUCGGAACAAGGCAGGCUGGCUGGACAGUGAACUUAACAUGUUCACCCAGCAGUACCUCCAGCACAGCAAGUAAGUGACACAGAGCAUCCACCUGAGAGGCCAAGCAACACCACAGGAAGAUUUGGUACACCUGCUGAAGUUCCCCCUCCUGUUGACACACUUCUGUAUUUCUAAGCUAAUCAGAGGAAAUACUUUACAAUGUUCUGAACUGAUGAGGAAAAAUAGAAUGGUAUCUGACAUUAGUGAACAGAGUUACCAGGUAGUUGUGAUGUGGAUGCGUUGACUUUAGCUCAGGAUUGGAGUCCUGUGGUCAGCUGGUGACUUGUCACACAAAAAGGAAAAGUUAAAACAGUGAAUCAGCUAUUAAAUAUCGGCCACUACAUGAAUUAUAAGGUUUAACCACAGACUUAAAAACACAACAUCCCCCUCAGUGUAUGUCCUAAUGCUCAUUCUUAUCUUUUGAGCACUCUCGUGUUAAGUUGUGGUGAUACGCCAAUGACCAUGAACCUGAGGUCUCCAGAUGGCUGAUUAAUCUGACUCUAGAGCAGAAGUACAGUCUGAGCUCUCCUAGCAUCCUUAGUAGCACUGUUGAGUGACUUAUAUCAGCCUCUGUCAAAAACUCCACACUGUCUUUUAAACCUGAUUCCAGUUAACUCUGCCACAUUGAACUUGUCUAGAUUUGACUCUUCAUAUACAUUUUGAACAAUAGAAAAGUGCCAUGCUGAAGUGAACGGCAGUCCACAUAAGGGAAUGGAGGAAAGUGUCUUAUGUGAAUAGGAUAAUGCAAAAUAAUUUAUUCCUAUAAUUGUUGUAGUUUGGAAACUGUAUCGUUUUUUCCCCAAAAUGAAGCUGUCAGAAAUAAUCUUCCUGGGGCCAGAGGUUGCCACUGGGAAAAUGCUCACAUAUUUUUAUUACAGUGACAAGAUGGAGAACUACUUUUCACCCUUACAAUUAUUUUUAGGAACACAAGUAGAACUGACACCCUGUGCACACUGUUAGAAGGUUUUUGUUGAGCCCAUCACAGCUGUUUAUGGUCUAAGAUUGGAGACUUCACACACUAAUGGCUGAUGAAGCAAACAGAGAAACCCUUUACCCUAUAGGGAGAAUAGCUCAAUGUCUUCAUCUGUUGAAUGUAUUUCAUUUAUUGUUCCUUCUCAAAGUUAACCUAAAUUUUAAUUUUUGUGAAGAAAGUUUGUUUGGACUGUGAAGUAACUGAAAGACUUUAGUGUGUUAAACAACCUAGGAGAAAAUAUAAGCACGCUUUAUAUCAAAUGUUCCAUAUGUUACUUUCAGAAAAUCCUUAUUAGCAACACCUCUCUCUGAGGCCAUUACAUGAACUGCAGUCUGCCUCCUGUUGUUUCCGCUCACACUCUGUAGGUGCAACUGAGCACCUGUGCAUUGGCCAAAACCGUAACAUGACAUACGACUGAACGUGAUUGAUCAUCAUUACUCUGAUGGGAAAUGGAAAAUAAAUGAUCCUAUGUAGAAUAAAAUUAAUAUAUGUAAUAUUCCUAUAUUUCAUUGGAACCAUUGGCUCCAUGAUACUAACUAGCUUGCUGUUUGCAAAUUAUUUUACCUGCUUUCCUUUCAGAGCUACCACCAGCAGAUCCAUGCAGCAUCGCUUCACAGAUAACUGGCUACGCUUAGUUCAGGUUACGAUUACUUGUUGGCCGCCCAGCUAGUUGUAACAUGCUACGUAGAUCUGGCAUUAGUUGCUUCAUAACGUUACCUGAUAAAAUAAUUUGCAAACCAGCCCCGGGAGUCUGUAUGAAUUAUACACUCAAGACAAAAUUUGGAAUGAUAGCUAGCUGCACUGAAUUUGACUACAUCACUCUUUAUCAGAUCACAGAUGACACAAGAAUUAGCGGUAACACUUAAAGGUAUCUACAUAAGGGUGACAUGACACCGUCAUAACUAUGACAUGACACUGUCAUGAACUUGUCAUAAAUAUUAUGUACAUGUCAUAAACGUUUAUGACUGCUGCCAUUAAGUGUCAUUCGGGUUUUGUAAUGACAAGUUGACAUUGUUUGGGUUGUCUUGAUUAUGACAACUUGACAUUAAUUAAAGUGACAUUACCAGAAGUUGUCUUUGUCAUGACAACUUGACAUUAAAUUUGUUUGGGAUGUCCUAAUUAUGACAACUUGACAAUAACCAGGAUGACAUUACCAGAGGAUGUCUUUGUCAUCUUGACAUUAAUAAAAAAAUGCACCUCUUUUUGUGUUUAUGACAAGUUGACAUAAUGAUUAUUAUAAUUAGAUGUCCAAGGUUACAGACCGGUUCUAACACUCGGUCAGAUAGAUGUCAUACGACACAAAACUGGCUGUCAUGACAUCAUUAUGACAGUGUAAUGAAUACAUUCUUUGACCUCAAGUAAAGUGGUACCAUUUUGAUUUGUCAUUAAGAUAUCAUGAAGGAUGAGAUUGGCUGUCAUGAAGAAUUUAUUCAUUACACUGUCAUAAUGGUGUCAUGACAGCCAGUUUUGUGUCGUAUACUGCUAGACAUCUAUCUGACCGAGUGUUAGAAUCGGUCUGUAACCUUGCACAUCUAAUUAUAAUAAUCAUUAUGUCAACUUGUCAUAAACACAAAAAGAGGUGCAUUUCUUGUUAAUGUCAAGUUGUUAUGACAAAUACAUCUUCUGGUAAUGUCAUCCUGGUUAAUGUCAAGUUGUCAUAAUAAGGACAUCCCAAAAACAAUUUAAUGUCAAAUUGUCAUAACAAAGACAUCUUCUGGUAAUGUCAUCCAGGUUGAUAUCAAGUUGUCAUGGCAAAAACAUCUUCUGGUAAUGUCAUCCUGGUUACUGUCAAGUUGUCAUGUUAAGGACAUCCCAAACAAAUUUAAUGUCAAGUUGUCAUGACAAAGACAACUUCUGGUAAUGUCACUUUGAUUAAUGUCAACUAACUGUCAUAAUCAAGACAACCCAAACAAUGUCAACUUGUCAUUACAAAAACCGAAUUUCACUUAAUGACAGCAGUCAUAAACGUUUAUGACAUGUACAUAAUGUUUAUGACAAGUUCAUGACAGGGUCAUGUCACUCUUAUGUAGAUACCUUCAAGUAAAGUGUUACCGAAUUAGCUAACACACCUUGUGGUCCUUACGCUUCUCCCCACCAUUGGAGUGCAGCUCCAAAGAUGGACCUUCAGUCUGUGGCUGUAGCAGCUCAAAUUCAGCCAGUGCAAGUGCUAAGUAAAGGUCUGUCUCCAGUCAGUCGCUACAAAAUGUGUAUAAUGGAAAGACAGCAUGUGUGGACUGUGGUGGGUGCAUGUCAUUUGUUGACAUUGGCAGACCUCAUUUCUAACCUUUAACUUAAACGGUAAGGAGGGAAUAGUGCAUUUGUUGGGAACUAUCUCAUUGUCUUUAGCACAGACACAGAUGCUUGGGUGGUAUCAAGGUAUUGAGGUAUACCAGGGUAUUUAGUAUUCCCAACAGUAUAAUUUUUAUUAGGGAUGCAUGAUAAUAUCAGCAUGUCAACAUCGAUAUUGGCCGAUAUUUGCCUUAAAAUGGCAAAUAAUGGUAAAUGGCAAUGGUAAAUCAGAAUCGACCAACACACUGAUAGUAUCAGUAUAUCAUCAGUAUUGGCCAAUAUUGGCUUUAAAAUGAACUAUCAGAAUCAGCCAACAUGCUUUUUCUUAUUUUGCACAAUGAAUGAAUAUUACAUACAUUGAGAAGAAUUGUAUUUGUCUCCAUCUGCUGGUGAGUAUGCAUGCAUAAUGUGACGUUAAUUCCACUACAGACGACACUUGAUGAUCACUAAAAUUAGGUUAAGAAAAAAGUGGAUAUAUCGAUACCAAUAUCAGUUAUUGGCCAAGUUGUUAUUUAUCGAACAUCAGCAAAAAAUCCAAUAUCGUGCAUCCCUAAUUUUUAUAUAAUCAAUAAUACAGACGAUUCUCUUUCUAUUAAAGUGGUACAGAGAUGCUGUACUAAGGCGAUGUAUUGUGCAAAGUACAUGCCACCAGAGGUCAGUCUCUACUGGUGGAACAAACAGCUGAUGAGAAAUAUGACAACUGUGAGUAGUGGGAAUAACGUAACAGGAGAAGUUAAAAGCUGGACAGCAACAUAUCGUCUAUUGCUAAUUGUUACGAUGAAGGUGGAUGUUUGGAAAACUUUAGAAGGCCUAGACAAUGCCAUACAUGCUACAAUAACUUCUACCACAAGCAUCUCAGCUUUAAGUUUUUAUUUUAACAAAAACUUUGUCAUAUAUUGCAUACACUGAUGAAAUGUCAGGAAGUUAGGAAAAAAUACAGAUACCGCCCAAGCCUUCUUAGUAGGAUAUAUAUUUAAUGUUGCUUGUUUCUGCAUAUUUGCUGAAGAAAUAUUUAAAACUGAUUAUUUAACUUGAUCCUGGUUAUGGAUGAUUAUAUUCAGUUGCACCAGUUAGCAUAGCUGCAGAAGGCUAAGACCAUAUGCAAAUAGUUAAAUAUGGUACAGUCAAAAUUCUGACUUCAGUAUCAUCUUCCUGGGAUUCUAACUUUGAAGACACUGUCUAAAUUGUGAUAAUAGUGCUCAUAGCAUCCCCAAAUCUCUAGAGCUGAUGUGACGUGUAUCAGCAUAGUAUGUCAUUUAUUAACAAAUGACAGUGUAGUCAUUUAGACACUGUGUUUUCAUUAGAGUUUGUCCACCAGACAACACUGGACUUGAUGUUUACACUGGAAAUGUCCCACUUAACUGAUAUACUGAUCACUAUUCUUCAAUAACUGAAAUGAAGGGAUUCUUAUCCAAAAUAUUCAUUUGUUUAUGGAAAAUAACGGCUCAGACUCUGCUGAUAUAUCAUUAUAAGGUUUCGAUAGCAUUAUGAGACUAUAAAGUCCACUUGUGGUAAAUCUCUGCUCUUGACACCUUCCAUUUGAUGUUCUUAACAGCAAAAUUUUCACAACAACCAUGUGGAGUUGAGAGGGAAUUUAGUAUGUCAGGUACACUAAAACAGAUUGAGGGUGUGCAACCUCAUUUUCAGCUCUCCUCAUGCAGUCAUGACAGUCGGUAUCGUCCACCAUACAUAUCUGAUAAACCCUUUUUACCCUGAACCAAAUGUUAAAGAACAAUGAUUUUGAUGUGAGGUGGUAGCAAUGUCAAUGGCUUCCUCUAUCUUCACUAUAACCUGUAUUUUAUGUUUGUGUACAUUUCUGUUUUGCACUGAAUUUCUGUGUGUGCCGGACCCUGUUACUGCAGAGCUGUCGGCUCUCUGCCUCUGUGAGUAUCAUAUGAUUUCACUUCAAAUGGAAGAGAUUGGAGUCUGAUUACAGAUGAUACUCUCUGAAAGAGAGUGGCCAAAUCCACCAUCAGACCCCCCUUUUUAAAUGUAAAUUGUAUUCUUGCUUUCUAAAAUGUGUAUAUGAUGUAAUUUAAAAUUUUGCCUUUUAAUUGGAAACAAUGGGAAAAUGCUGAAAGAUACAAAGCUGCACCAGAGUGGAUGUGCCUGAAUUUGUCCAGUAUGUUAAAGUCUGGGUUGAUAAGGCUGUGAUGUAAAUAAAAGCCAUACACUGCGUGUUGCCAAGUGAGCAGGAAAGCUGCUGUACAAACUCCUCCUUCAGAGAGAGGAUAUGCACUUUAUCAAUUUGCAACUUUUUUUUUUCCUUCAUUGAGGUCCUUUUUGCCCCCAAAAUCCACUUGAAACUCCAUGAAGUAGUAGUUUGGCUUUAGGAAGGUUAAAGUACCUGCAUGCCGUGGCUGUUGUAGUUUGUUGUGCAGUAAGGUGUUCAAAAGUAUGUAUGUCAAUAAUAAAGGUGACACCAUGCCCAAAAAAA